UACUCUACUGCUGACAAGAUGGCAAGGCCACACCCUGAUCCCAUGGACAUCGGCUCAUCUAUAAGCUUAGGCACACCUAUGAACGUUGGCUCACCUAUGGGUGUCGACACGGAUAUGACCCAUGCUUCCACUGGUACUGCUCAGCCUCCAACCCAACCUGCAAGUCAGCUUCCACCUCAGCCAUAUCUUCCACGAGGCUACAGCGCUCCAUUUCCUCCAGACGUCCCUGUGUUAGGCUUCGACGAGUACGAUAAUCAAACUGUAAUGCAGCUAUGGUCCGACGUGCGCGACAAUUACACCACACGAUUAAAAGCUGACAAGUCUGCGUUCGCGGUACGAGAAGUGAAUCACGAUGAUCCAACCGGUAUGGGUAAACGCUGGGAAGAAGAUUGGCCGCAGAUGUACCCAUUGGGACCUCCGAGUGAACAGCCAGAUUACCACCCAAUACACGAAAAAUAUGGACUGAAGGUUUUGAAUGCAGCUGGGUUCAUCAACUCGGUACAACCCAAGGAGAACGCGACCAAUGGACCAGCUGGAAGGCUCAACAAAGGAUUGAGUAGCUUUUGGCGAAACCCCACAAAAGAUCCUACGGAACAUAUGCAUCCUAUUUUCAGAUAUGACAUGUGGCGAGGCAUCAGUCAAGAUGAGUAUGCAUUGAUCAAGCCAGGUUUGCUGCUUGCAUCGGCCAUCUUGGACGACCCUACUACUUUGAAUUACUUUUACGCUGUACAGCAGCCUGUAAAUUCGAUGCAGACAGUGUUUGGCCCUGGUCUGACUUGCAAGACCACGGAUAUCCCAGCCACUCUUACCGACGACGAACAAUUCCACACCUACCAGGCAAUCUGCAAGAUGCGCGAAUACACAAGCUUUAGUAUCGCAGAGAUGGAAAACUCGGAGUAUGCCGCUUACGGCGUGACAAAUCUGCAACUUGAUCAAUUCGGUUUUGCCAUUCCUGCAGCAAGACCGNNUGAAAAUACAAGAAAAAGCACCAUCGUACUCGACGACCAUUACCUCAAAGUGCUAUCUGAAAUCAAGACAAACAUCGACAAGGGCACCGCCGAGAUUAUGAAUCCAUUCUGGCAACUGCAACGCAUGGCGCGCAUCCCCGCCCACAAACGCGAAAACAUCGAUACUAUGUCUGUUCAACUGCGCACACACCUCAUGCUCGCCUUUACCGUUCUCCACGAACUCGCCCACGCUUUCUGUAAUGCCUACUUCGAGGACCUUGGCCCCUCCAUUCAAUCCCGCGAACCUUGGCUCCGUGGCACACGUUCAAAUGAACAAGGCUGCUGUCUCGAAAACUUUGUACUUGGAGGUUUACCCCGCGCGAUGGUCAUUGCUAUCCCACCCAUCAGCCAUCUAUACGCCAUGGCACAGUCGGUUGCCAUGCCCUUUGGCGCCUGGUUCGAAGACCACUGGGACCAAUGGUUUGACGCCACCACCUGGUCACACUCCACAAUCAUCCCUGUAAACGGCGCGCUAGAGUAUACACAGUGUAGAAGGAUGUAUCCGAUUUUGCAAGAGUGGUUCCAGAGGAUGUUUGGGGAUGAUAUGUGGGAGAGUGAGGUUCAGAGGUUUGGGCUUGAGGCCGUGAGGUUGCCCAAGUUGCCUUGGUGGCAGGUUAUGUAUUAUAGAGGUGGGUCGAGGGGGCAGUGGCGUACGGGUGAGGAGAGGUGGAAUAGGAAUGAGUUCUUUGCGAAGACGCAGCAUUGGGUCUGA